AUGAGCCGUUGUGACAAUGAUAGUGAUGAAGAAAUAUGCGCUGACAGAGUAUCGGACUUUUCGUAUAAUAGUGAUUCUGAAAGUCAAGAUAUUGAAGAAAGUGACGAUGAUGACAUUAUUCCACGUUCUCGAGUGUUCGUCCGAAGAAGAAUUUCUAGUAGUUCGGAAACAACUUCUGAUGAAGAAGCAGAUGAAUGGUCAUCGAUUGACAAUCCUCCAGACCUUGAAGAGUUUUUGGGUCAUCCUGGGAUAACUAACAUGGCUAAUGUUCCUGAAUCCACAGCUGAUGCAGUGAAGUUAUUUAUAGGCGAUGACUUUUUUGCAUAUUUAGUCUCGGAAUCAAACAGAUAUUAUUAUCAAAAUAUGAAUCAGUUCAAAAUAUCUCCCAAAAGCAUUAAAUGGAGAGAUAUUACGAUUCCGGAGAUGAAGACAUUUUUGGGGCUUAUUAUUUUCAUGGGACAAGCUCGUAAAGACUCCCGAGACGAUUAUUGGUCAACUGAUAUCUGCACAAGUACACCGUUUUUUUCAAAAACUAUGUCAAGGGAUAGAUUUCGCCAAAUAUGGAAGGCUUGGCAUUUCAAUAACAAUGAAGACAUCACGGACGAUUCUGAUCGAUUAUUCAAAGUCAGGCCUAUACUAAAUUAUUUUGUUGAAAAAUUCAAUAACAUUUACAAACCGAAACAACAAGUAUCGUUAGAUGAGGACAUAAUACCUUGGAGAGGACGAUUGUUUUUUAGAGUUUACAAUGCUGGAAAAAUUAUAAAAUACGGCAUACUCAUACGAAUAUUGUCUGAAAGUGACACUGGUUAUUGCAAUUUUGAAGUUUAUGCAGCUCAGGGAUUACGGUUGAUCGAAACGAUACUCACAGUAGUUUCGCCAUAUACUGAUGUCUGGCACCAUUUGUACAUGGAUAAUUACUACAACAGCGUCGAUAACACGGAAGCCCUUUUAUAA